AAGCUCUCCACCGUGGAUAACCUGAAAAUCGACAGAAAUUCAUUUGACUGAGUCAGCAGUGAGAUUAAUGGUGUUGGAAACUUUUCGAUUGAAUGCAGGAUCCCGAAAACAAGGGAAAAAACAAAAUAACCUUUUCUAUUUCUGUGAUAAAUAGAACAAAGUUUUGAAGCCAAUACAUGGAGCAAGCUUCAAACCAAAGCAGCCAAGAGACAUUUGUAUGGCAUAAGGAUGGUUAUCUAGCCUAUGGCAUUGUCAUGUUCUGCAUCUUAACCAUUGGCUUUGUUGGCAAUAUUUUAGCUCUUCUUGUAUUGUACCAAAGACAACAUCGAAAUCGAAGUAUAACCCCCUUAAUGGUCAACCUUGCAUUGGCAGAUAUCUUUAUCAUUGUGUUUGGAUAUCCGAUGGCAAUCCAAACUAAUCUCCGUGGGAAGCUUCUGGAUAGCAAAACUUGUGUUUGGUCUGCAUUUGUAAACGGCGCUGUUGGUAUAGCGUCUAUUAUCACACUAACUGAAAUGGUUCUAGUAUCCUACCUCGGUUUGAAGGAAGUACGUCCUAAUAAACGAUUAACAGGGAGGCAAAUCGCAAGUUUGAUUUCCAUGGCAUGGAUUUACGGAGGUCUCUGCAUGCUUCCUCCUCUGUUGGGGUGGAAUCGGUUUGUUCUUAACGCUUCUAAAGUAAGUUGCUGUCCUGACUGGUCUGGGAAGUCAGUUGCCGAUACAACUUACAAUAUCUUACUGGUUACGAUGGGUUUCUUCAUUCCUCUUUCUGUAAUGGCAGCCUGUUACUACAGAAUUUACAGAAUCGUUCAUCAAGCCGUUGUUCCAGGAAACAUUGCAGUUCAACUGAGACAACGGAACUCCGAACUAAAAAUAGUGCGCAUGACAGCAUUGGCCGUGUCUGCUUUCGUACUUAGUUGGUCACCUUAUUGUUUCGUCAGCCUCACUGCAGUAUUUACCCAUAAACCUGUUUUAGCAUCGGGGGAAGCGGAAGUUCCCGAGUUGUUAGCCAAAGCAUCCGUGAUCUACAACCCGAUCGUGUAUACUAUCAUGAACAGUAGAUUUCGAGCAACACUUCUCCAUGUGCUGCGCUUGCGCAGGCGUGCAAGUCUAGAUAAUCGCUUCAUGGUUUUACCGGUUCGUGAACGAAGUCAGCACGACCUUCAAAACGGUCCACUAGUUUCUCACAAUCACGGCAAUAUGGAAACUGAUGAGAACAACAAAGAGGUGUACAAAGGACAAAGACACCUGCAAGUAACUUCCGCAUUUGAAACAAGGGUUCAAAGAACUUUCAUUGUUGAACAAAUGUAGAGAAACAAUGACGUUACCAACAGCAGAAAAUCAGUCAAGUGCACUGUAUCGCUACCAGGCGGCAGCUACAUUUCUAUUUGGUGCACAGAGAAACUUUUACAAACUCUUAUAUGUUGAAUACUGAUAUAGGCGGUAAACAGCACUCACUGUUUAAGAAGACUCAUCCAAAAUAUGAUGAGAUAUAUUACUACGUUAAUGCAAUAGACGCAACGCAAAGCAGAAAUAUCCAAACAAAAAUAAAGAAAAGCCUCACUUAAGGAAUUAUGCCGAAUUGAUGAUCUAAUACUAGAUUCUCAUAAAUGAUGCUAUGAUAAGUAUAUGAUACUCAGUAAGGAAAGUUUACAUUAGACAACGAGAUUCAUUUUUGGUGCCACGGCAUCGGAAGAUUGAAACCCCUGUCACCAUACUCGCAGGGAAGCUGUUAGAUUCCACGUGGGAGGAAAAGAUUGUUACAUUUGCUGCUCCACCAUCGGACGUAUCCAUAACUGCAGCACCACACGUAACAAAUAUAGAUCCAUCUAUAUACCAGAAACUAUUUCGGCCAGUAAACUUCGAUUUGGAUGCCGAGAGUUUCAAUUUCUGGCAAAGAUACUGUGUAUCAUAGUUGACAAUUAACUUCAACGAUUAACAUUACACGGAAGUCUCAGAAAGGUGGGCUUAUUGUCCGAAAUUAAUUAAAGUUGUUACAAUUUGAAGAAGUCAGUACCCCACGAGAAAUCAGAUAAGUUACAAGAAAAGAGAAAAAAACCACUUAUAUCUAUCAGUAACUUUGGGUUUUAAUUAUUGGCAACACACUAGCAUGAAAUAACAAUAUCAAUAAUAAGAAAACUUGAAAGGUUCUGGUACUUUAAAUCAUAGCUAGGAUACUAUCAUGCACUUGCCCUUAAAUUGAACUCUGUUCUGUUUAAGUUGUCUCUGAUUACUGUUCCUGAAAUCUAUUAUGGUGACAUUCUAUCUCUAUUGACCUUUCUGUUAAAUAGAAACCUCCAGGUCAAAUUGUAAAUCUUAUUAUGUAAUGUUAUUUCAGAGUACUGUGUUCUGAUCUUGUUGUGCACCUAUACGUAAUGCUUUUUUCCCAAAAUUCUUCCAUUUGCAACCCCACAUCCACCUACCUCAACUAAAUUUUUCUGUGUUCUUUACUGAAAAUAGAGUCCCACAAAACAAAAUACAAUAAUUAUAGUAAAUUUUUGCUCUCAACCAACUGAAAAUAGAACUUAUAGGACAAUAGAAACCUACGCUCAGCAUUGUACCGUAUGAACUUCGUAUAUUCAUCAUAGCUCAGCAUUGUGUUACUCUACACAUAUAUACUGUCUAAAAUUGGUCAUACAUUCAGACCAAAUCAAGCUUCCAUUGGCUUCUAGUGUAGAUUACAUCAUUUCCCGACGUCCUGACCCUUCUGGAAAGUUUUAUCCUCGUGUACUGGUACAC